AGGGUCUUCACUUAGCAAUUUGUAUCUCGAAAUUGUCACUUUUUUUUUUUAUUUUACUUUCCCAGAAGCGAACCCUCGAUCUCAAAGGCGAAACCUGAUUCGUAGCUUUUUCCAUGGCGAGGAUUUCGAAUUCCGAUGAGGCUUUCUCGUCUGAGGAGGAAGAGGAGCGGGUUAAGGAAAACGAAGAAGUAGAAGACGAGGAGGAGCUCGAGGCUGUUGCUCGUUCUUCUGGCUCCGACGAUGACGAAGUAGCCCCCGCUGACGAAUCCCCACUCUCCGACGGAGAAGCCGCCCCUAUGGAAGACGAUUACGAGGACGAAGAAGAUGAAGAAAAAGCUGAAAUCAGCAAACGUGAGAAAGCCAGACUUAAGGAGAUGCAGAAGNCUUAA